GGACCCAGUGGACAAGGAGUCGGUCGAGGCGUCCUCUGAUUUCUUGGACUUCCUCCACAGAGUAGUGCCCACCAUGGAGGAGGAGCUCGAGCUGUCUCUGAACUCCUUGACCGUCUUCGACGCGUACGACCCACUGUGGGACGACCAGGACGAGACGUGCGAGCUGACACACCAUGUGGGGCAGGAGGGCCUCAUAGACCUCGAGAUCGUCAGCGUGGCCUGGAACGCCACAGGCGCGACGCUGGCGUGCUCCUAUGGCAGGCUCGACACGCUCGGGUGGUGCGACAUCUCUGGCCCAGUCUGCUGCUGGAGCCUCUUCCGCACCCAGUCCGGGUCGGCCGCGCCGGACACCACCAUCCGGGUGAACGGCUUCUGCAUGUGCCUCGCCUUCCACCCGACGAAGCCAGGAGUGCUCGCCGGCGGGACGUAUAACGGCGAGUUGCUUAUUUGGGACACGGCCAGCUCGGAGUUGGACCCCCUGGUGGCGUCCUCGUCCAUAGACGACUACUUCCACCGCGAGGCCAUCCAGGCGGUCGAGUGGAUUCCUGCCGACGUGAGCGGCAAUUCCGACGCCUUCCUGAUAGCUACGGUGAGCGGGGACGGCAAGGUCCUCAUCUGGGACGCCCGCGAGAACGACCUGUCCUUUCCCUCGCGCGGGUUCAUGCUCCUGGGCUCCAAGAGGCGAGCCCUCGGAGGC